AUGGGACGCUUUAAAUUAUUUAACUGUUUCGGUAAAUCAAAGUCUGCCACUAAUGCCCAAAUUUUAAAGUUGAAGGCGCAGCGAGAUGAUUUGGAUCAACAAAAAACUGAGCUCGAGGCCCGGCUUGCUAAUUUUAACGAUUUAUGUUUAAAAUUUCUCAAAGAAAACAACAGAGACCAGGCCUUAUUUAUUUUGAAGAGGAAAGCUCUUGUUUCUAAGCAAUUAACUGUGCUUGAGGAUUUUUCAUUUAAGAUUCUUGAGCUCAUUUCUGAAACUGAGACCGCACUUAUGGAGGCCGACGUCAAUCAUAACUUGGAAAUUGGCGCCAAGCUGCUUGAGGAGAUAAACAAGGAGCUGCAACGGGAGGAGUUGGAGGCCUUUUCCGACUCCGACAAGGAGAACUUAAACGAGCUUGCUGCGAGUCUCGGCGUCGUCAGUCGCAACUUUGAGGUUGACGACCUUGAGCUUGUUCAGGAGCUUGACCUUCUCACCAGCGACUUGCACACCAUAAGCUACGACCACCCUUCCACCAGGUCCACUCCCAAGGAGAAUCCUCAGUUUGACUUGGACUUGUCUCGUCUGAAGUCUCUUUCUCAGAGCAACAGUGUUGCCAACACCACCAACAGGUCCGAGGCCCCUGCUCCCGCUGAGUAA